GUGACCCGUGCCCGAGUCCAAGAUGGAGGCUGCUGCCCGGCCUGGCCGGCCUCCUGUCCCAGCCUGAGCCCUCUGCGCGACCUCCGAGGGCGAACCAGGCGUGCAGACACGCAGGGCCGAUAGCUAGCACCGCCAAGGGCUGCUGAGAGAGCCUGGCCUCAGCCGGAGCCCAGCUUCCAGUCAGUACCCGCCCCGGCUCCAUCCGCUUUCUCUACCGCGAAGCGCAGGGCUGUGGCGCCGGGAGCAUCCUCCGGUAUUCCCCGCCCCCGGAACUGACAGCGCUGGGCGCCAAUGGGGUUCACUGCUGCAAGGCCAGGUGAAGACCUCUGCUCUCCCUGUGGAUUACUUGCUGUUCAAGACACCAGCUGUGAGACUCCGGAGCUCAUGCACCUCUGACCCGACCCUUCUCAUUUCUUUACUUGUAUGUGUUGGUGGAAGUUUGCAGCUCUUUGGAGCUACUGUUUACGUGGAACCUUUGAGCCAUUUUCAGUUGACUAAAGGCUUAGACGCUGCUAGCAAUGAGCUCCCAAAGCCAUCCAGAUGGUCUUUCUGGUCGAGACCAGCCAGUGGAGUUGCUGAACCCUGCCCGCGUGAAUCACAUGCCCAGCACGGUGGAUGUGGCCACAGCACUGCCCUUGCAGGUGGCCCCAACUGCAGUGCCCAUGGACCUGCGCCUGGACCACCAGUUCUCGCUGCCUGUAGCUGAGCCAGCACUCCGGGAGCAGCAGCUGCAGCAGGAGCUCCUGGCACUGAAGCAGAAGCAGCAGAUCCAGCGGCAGAUCCUCAUUGCCGAGUUCCAGCGGCAGCACGAGCAGCUGUCCCGGCAGCAUGAAGCCCAGCUGCAUGAGCACAUAAAGCAGCAGCAGGAGAUGCUGGCUCUCAAGCACCAGCAGGAGCUGCUGGAGCACCAGCGCAAGCUGGAGAGGCACCGCCAGGAGCAGGAGCUGGAGAAGCAGCACCGCGAGCAGAAGCUGCAGCAGCUCAAGAACAAGGAGAAGGGCAAGGAGAUCACUGCUACCACAAGGAUAUGCCAGAGCCCAUGGCUGCCUCCCAUCAUGGUCUGCACUGUGGAGUCCACUCCUGUGCAUCUUGUGCCAGGUGCUGUGGCCAGCACAGAGGUGAAGAUGAAGCUGCAGGAGUUUGUCCUCAACAAGAAGAAAGCAUUGGCCCACCGGAACCUGAACCAGUGCAUUUCCAGUGACCCCCGCUUCUGGUACGGGAAGACGCAACACAGCUCCCUGGACCAGAGCUCUCCGCCCCAGACGGGAGUGUCGACCUCCUACAACCACCCGGUCCUGGGGAUGUAUGAUGCCAAAGAUGACUUCCCUCUGAGGAAGACAGCUUCUGAACCCAACCUGAAAUUACGGUCCCGGCUUAAGCAGAAAGUGGCAGAGAGACGGAGCAGCCCCCUGUUGCGCAGGAAAGAUGGGCCCGUGGUUACUGCUCUAAAAAAGCGACCCCUGGAUGUCACAGACUCUGCGUGCAGCAGUGCCCCAGGCUCCGGGCCCAGCUCGCCCAACAGCAGCUCUGGCAACGUCAGCACUGAGAACGGCAUCGCGUCCACCGUGCCCAGCGUCCCGGCUGAGACCAGUUUGGCGCAUAGACUUGUGACUCGAGAAGCCUCUGUCGCCCCACUUCCUCUCUACACAUCACCAUCCCUGCCCAACAUCACCUUAGGACUUCCUGCUACGGGCCCUUCUGCUGGCGCCACAGCUCAGCAGGACGCUGAGAGGCUCGCCCUCCCGGCCCUGCAGCAGCGGAUCUCCCUCUUCCCUGGCACCCACCUGGCCCCCUACCUGGGUACCUCGCCCCUGGAGCGGGAUGGCGGGGCAGCACACAACCCCCUUCUGCAGCACAUGGUCCUGCUGGAGCAGCCACCCACACAGACACCCCUCGUCACAGGUCUGGGUGCGCUGCCCCUGCACACACAGCCCCUGGUCGGCACAGACCGCGUGUCCCCAUCCAUGCACAAGCUGCGCCAGCACCGCCCGCUGGGGCGCACGCAGUCAGCACCGCUGCCGCAGAGUGCACAGGCCCUGCAACACCUGGUGAUCCAGCAACAGCACCAGCAGUUCCUGGAGAAGCACAAGCAGCACUUCCAGCAGCAGCAGCUACACAUGGGCAAGAUAAUCUCGAAACCCAGUGAGCCAGCCCGGCAGCCCGAGAGCCACCCCGAGGAGACGGAGGAGGAGCUCCGUGAGCACCAGGCCCUGCUGGACGAGCCCUGCCUGGACCGGCUCCCAGGGCAGAAGGAGGCACACGCGCUGGCUGUGCAGGUGAAGCAGGAGCCCAUUGAGAGCGACGAGGAGGAGGUGGAGCCCGCGCAGGAGGCAGAGCCUGGCCAGCGCCCGCCCACCGAGCAGGAGCUGCUCUUCAGACAGCAAGCGCUCCUGCUGGAGCAGCAGCGGAUCCACCAGCUGAGGACCUACCAGGCAUCCAUGGAGGCUGCAGGCAUUCCCGUGUCCUUCAGCAGCCACCGGCCUCUGUCCCGGGCUCAGUCCUCCCCCGCAUCUGCCACCUUCCCUGUGACUGUCCAGGAGCCCCCCAGCAAGCCAAGGUUCACCACAGGCCUCGUGUAUGAUACGCUGAUGCUGAAGCACCAGUGCACCUGCGGGAACACCAACAGCCACCCUGAGCAUGCUGGGAGGAUCCAGAGCAUCUGGUCCCGCCUGCAGGAGACAGGCCUCCGCGGCAAGUGUGAGUGCGUCCGCGGACGGAAGGCCACGCUGGAAGAGCUGCAGACAGUGCACUCAGAGGCACACACGCUCCUCUAUGGUACAAACCCCCUCAACAGGCAGAAGCUGGACAGUAAGAAACUUCUAGGCUCCCUGACCUCUGUGUUUGUGAGGCUCCCUUGCGGUGGUGUUGGGGUGGACAGUGACACCAUCUGGAACGAGGUGCACUCAUCAGGCGCCGCUCGUCUGGCCGUCGGGUGCGUGGUGGAGCUGGUCUUCAAGGUGGCUACAGGGGAGCUGAAGAAUGGAUUUGCUGUGGUCCGGCCCCCAGGACACCAUGCGGAGGAGAGCACACCCAUGGGCUUUUGCUACUUCAACUCGGUGGCAGUUGCAGCGAGGCUCCUCCAGCAGCGGCUGAAUGUGAGCAGGAUCCUCAUCGUGGACUGGGACGUGCACCACGGGAACGGGACCCAGCAGGCUUUCUACAGCGACCCUGGCGUCCUCUAUGUGUCCCUGCACCGCUAUGACGAUGGGAACUUCUUUCCAGGCAGUGGUGCACCUGAUGAGGUGGGCACUGGGCCCGGUGUGGGCUUCAACGUCAACAUGGCCUUCACAGGUGGCCUCGACCCCCCCAUGGGAGACACAGAGUACUUGGCAGCCUUCAGAACCGUGGUUAUGCCAAUCGCCAACGAGUUUGCCCCAGAUGUGGUGCUGGUGUCAUCAGGCUUCGAUGCUGUGGAGGGCCACCCCACACCUCUCGGCGGGUACAACCUCUCUGCCAAAUGUUUCGGGUACCUGACGAAGCAACUGAUGGGCCUGGCUGGCGGCCGGAUCGUGCUGGCCCUCGAGGGAGGCCAUGACCUAACAGCUAUCUGUGAUGCCUCCGAAGCCUGUGUUUCUGCUCUGCUGGGAAACGAGCUCGAGCCUCUGCCAGAAAAGGUCUUACAGCAGAGGCCCAACGCCAACGCUGUCCGCUCCAUGGAGAAGGUCAUGGAGAUCCACAGUCAGUACUGGCGCUGCCUACAGCGCGUGUCCUCCACGGCUGGGCACUCUCUGAUUGAGGCACAGAAGUGCGAGAAUGAGGAGGCUGAGACGGUGACUGCCAUGGCCUCGCUGUCCGUGGGCGUGAAGCCCACCGAGAAGAGGCCAGACGAGGAGCCCAUGGAGGAGGAGCCACCCCUGUAGCGCCCUCUUGAAGCUGCUGUCUCCUUUGUUUGUCUGUCUUGAAGCUCAGCCAGGAAACUUUCCCGUGUCACUCGUGCGUCCUGCACGGGCUCUCUGAGCACAGGGACGCCAGGCAUGCAGCGGCAGUGGGAGGCCUUUCCGCCGCCUGGACCACAGGUCUCCAGAGGCGCACGCACGGGCGUGGCAGCUUCUCGCGGACACGGGACAGGACGGCGCGCACUGCGCGGAUGCGCAGACACGCGGAAGCCAAGCACAUUUGGGCAGCCCCCGGCGCAGCCGCAGAGGAAGGAGCUGUGGCAGCGGGGGGUAAAGUUGCCGGAUUUAGUUGACACAAGGAAAGGAAAAUGAAAAUCAAAGAUCUAAUAAUACAAAACAAACUUGAUUAAAACUGGUGCUUAAAGUUUGAUUCUUACCCACAGUUCUACAGUCUCCGUGUAAACCACUCAGCUCAUCUUGUAGCUUAUUUUUUUUUAAACAGAAAGUUUUCUAUGGCUCUGGCCUGCCCUGGGAGCCUUUGAGGCAUCCCAUGGGGUUUGCAGCCAGGUGGGGACAGAGUUGGAGGAGCCUUUAAAGGAAAAAACUGGACAAAGCAGAAUGUGAGCCUGGAAGUCAGCUUGAGCUUCUCAAAGCCAUCGGAAGAUACGAGUUUGUGCCUUUUUUUUACUGCUCUGAUGGAUUUUUGUGGCUGGGUUUUCUGAAGUCUGAGGAACAAUGCCUUAAGAAAAACUCAACAGCAGGAAUUGGGGGACCGUUUGCUAUGGUCGGGGGAGCCCAUGGUGCUGGCCUGGCGCUCAGCGGGCAGCGCCGCCUCUGCCUGGAGCGCGGCCAUCCACGGGCCUUGUGUGGCUUUAUUGCUGUUAAGGAAAGUGGAGGUGUUCCAGAAAAGCGGCAAGCACUGUUGGGGGUUUUGAAGUCCAACAACUUUUAAAUGAAUCCAAAGUGUUCUUUUCUCACCCAUCACGUAGCAGUGAGCAUCUCCAUUUGGUCGUGAAGCAUGUCGUAGACACACACCUGCAGUGUUGCGGUCGGAAUGCUUUCAUCAGGAGCAAGUAGCAUGAAGUAUUGCUUAACUUUAGGUAUAAAUAAAUAUAUAUAUAUGUAUAAUAUAUAUUCCAAUGUAUUCCAAGCUAAGAAACUUGAUUCUUAUGAGAUCUUGGUAAAUAUUUAUAUGCAUUUAUAGAAAAUAUAUAUAUAUAUAAAAUAAAUGCAGAUUGUGAAGGUCCUGGCAAGUGGAGGGCUUGGCACGAGCUCCUCGGUGCUUAGGGAGAGCAAUCCGGGCGCAGCCCUGCAGUUCUGAGCUCCGACGGGCAGCUUUCUGAUUGCUACCCGUUCGCCCCUGGGCAGCUUCCCUACCUGUUUGUACUUUAAUUUUAAUUAUUUUCUAACAGAGGCCCCACCCUGUCCAAGCCUCCGUGCACAUAGGUACCUAAUGAGUUUUUAUAGCAAAGGAUAUAAAUUUGCUGUUGAUUUUUGUAUGAAUUUUUCACAAGAAGAUCCUAAAUAAGCAUUGUUUUGUGAAUUUUACAUUUUUUUCCUCACCAUUUAGCAGUUUUCUGAAUGGUAAGAACGUCUGAACCUUUUUCUUUUCUAAAUUCUUGAUUGAACAUUUUUUUAACUUGGAUGGGUUUUUUAUGAUUUGUUUGUGUUAUUCUGUAAAGUGUGCAGGCCCCUGCCGUGCUCAGGCCUGCCACCAUCAGAAAUGAUUUUGUGAACGUAAACGUCCAGUGAGGUCAGGAGCUGGGCCUUCCCGGUGAUGCCAGCCAGCCUGUCUUCCUGGCUGUGUCCCAGGAGCUGUGCAGAGGAGCCAGGGGCUCUUCCUCCCUGCCGCACGUGAGUGUCGGGGAUGGAGUGUUUUCCUCUCCCUGGCCGGGCCUGUGGCUGCAGUGGACCACAGUGUCAGCAUUAAUGAACCCAUGUGUAGACUUCUUGGACCACUCCAGAGGGGUGGAGUCCUCGCUCCAGUUUCCCAAAGACCUUUUAUGCAUGUCAGCAACGCAUGGCCCCGCUGGCCCUGCCCCCACCUGGGGGAUUUCUGCUGCAGCCGUGCAGCUGGGGCUCUGCUGGACGCCAGGAAGCCAGGGCCUCGAUGCCCGCCGAGCCCGAGCCCAAGUCCUCGGAGUGUGUACUUCCAGAGGGAGCGCGGGCUUGUCUUUGCUCUUUUUCUCUUUGCAGUAACUGACAGCCACUUUUACUGGUAACUUAUUUUCUAGCACUUGAAGCCACCAAUUUCAUUCCAAAGUGUGUCAUAGUUUAGACUUGAGGGAGGAGGUGCAGAUGCUCAGGAGGGACCCCAAGCCAGGUUUCUGAUUUUGGUGAAGUUUACAGGGUAGGCGUAACUAGCCAGACUUGUGCCCGGAUGAGUGCGUCCUGGCCUCCCCGUCACUGCCGCCCCUGGGCAGUGCUGAGACGGUGGGUGGUGAGCAGGGCAGAGCAGGCUUGGGCACGUUUGAUUCUCCCCUCCCUGCUGGCUGCUCUCAGCGCCAAAGCCCAGUUGGCAGGAGACACUGCAAUGGAGGGGCCACCUAGGCGCCUUCCCGCCGGUGGCACUCGCUGGUGGUGAUGGGGCGGUACCAGCUCCUCCAGCCUCCACGCUCCUGCCCUGCGCCCCCACGGUGCCUGGGCGGCCGCGUCAUUUCACUGUGCUUUCCUGUGGGGGAAACGUGGGCCGCCGGGUGGCCAGGCUGUCACCGUCCACGCCCCCAGCCUUGCUCGGCAGGGCCUGGCGGCACGGGCACCCCUCACCAACACGCCCGCUCAGCGUGCUGCAGCCUCUACCAUGUAGCCUUCUCUUCCCUUUGAAGACGCAGUUGGCUGCGUCCACAGCCAGCGUCAGGGCAGGUGGCAGGAGGGGCCGCAGCCCCGCAGGCAGGACACAGCAGGGAGGGCUCUCCACGUGCCUCCCCACCUGGGCGUGGGCCUGGGCCUGGGCCUGGGCCUUGGCCUGUUCCUUCCUCUGCAGAGGACUGGGGGGCAUGGCCAGGAGUCGGAGCGAGCACUUUAAGCCCUUUAGUAAAGGGAAGCCCCGGCCAGUGACCCACGCGGCUUCCCUGCGGCUUCCCGCUGCACACAUCGUGCCCACACCCCACCAGCAGGCGGUGCCCACCGCCGGGACUGGCCACCACCCGGCCGGGCUCCGGCUCCAGGCCGCUUUGUCGAAGUGUUUCAGUUUUUCUUUCCUUUCAAACCGUUUCCAAGAGGAAGGGCCGUCGAGUCUGGUUGUUGCGGCACUAGCCAUGGACCUUGUGUUUCUCUCCAUCGGAGCAUUCCUCCCUCUCGGCCACAGCCUCGUGCUCAUUCCUUGUUUUGUAGACUUUGGGCCCACGUGUUUCAUGGGCAUUGAUACAUAUAUAAAUAGAGAGAUAUAAACAUAUGAAUAUAUUUUUUUAAGUUUCCUACACCUGGAGGUUGCAUGGCCCGUAUGCCCGGCAUGUCUUUAUAUUGGAUACGGAUUUUGCACGCCAAACUUGGCAGCUUUUGGGGAAGAAAAAUGCCUUUCGUUCCCCUCUCGUGACAUUUACAGAUACAAAAAAGAUGGAAAUUUUUCUGUAAAACAAAACCUUGAAGGAGAGGAGGGGUGGGAGUUUUGAGUCUUACUGAACUUAUUCUUAAGAAUUGUACUUUUUAUUGUAAGAAAAAAUAAAAAGGACUACUUACACAUUUGUCAUAUUAAGGAAAAAGUUUACCUAGCACUUGUGACACACCAAUAAUAGAGUUUGUUGUAUUUAUGUGGAGCAGUGUUGCGGGGAGAUGCGGGCGCGCACUGUGGCCGCGGCCCCUUGCAUUGAUUUGGAGGGUUUGGUUUUGUUUGGUUUGUUUCCUUUUUUCCUGCCACAGGCUGCUCGCCCUCGCAGGCCCUGUGACCGUUUGUUCCGACUGAGAAGCGGGGCUCUCCAGCGUCCCCUUCCUGGCGGCGCCGGGCUGCCGCCUGGCCCCCAGCCACAGCUGCCACGGGCCCAGAGCCGGUGGCCCGGCGUGGCCUCGGGCGUCCAUGAAGCCGCCUGUGGGAAGGACAGAGCGAGCGUUUCUUGUUUCCUGGUGUGUGUGCUCCACGGCGGAGGCGCCCUGUUCCGGUUUUGAGCAGACAAGCAUGUGUGGUCUCUGCACAUGCUCUUGGGGCUCGACCCUCACUCACCAACCUCGCACCGUGGGGCCGGAGCCGCUGCCUGGGCUCCUGCGGUUUCAGCUGUUCUCUCUGCUGUCUGGACCUUCUCCGUGGUUCUUUCUUUUGCUCAGUGGAGAUGGAGGUCUUGUUUCAGUGUUUUCAUUCUUGUUUGUUGUGUGUGGGUGAAACUUCGCUGGCCGGCGGUGUCCUCCGACAGUCAGCCCCUCUUUCCACCUCCCGGAGUCCAGUGUCUGUACCGCGUUGCACACUGUCACUCUUGUGGUGUAAAUAAAGACUGCAUUCAUUGCCUCCG